UAAAAAUUACCUUUUAAAUAAGUUUCAUACAAAAAAAGUACCAAGAAAUGUUUUAAAAUUGAAAGAAAUAAUGGAUAAAAAAUCAUUAAAACUACCAGCAAUUGGAAUAGAUUUAGGUACAACAAAUUCAGUGGUUGCAACAAUUAUAAAUAAUAAAGCAGAAAUUAUCACAAACGAUUUUGGUAACCGUGUAACACCAAGUGUUGUUGCAUUCACUGAAAUUGAACGUUUAACUGGCGAUGCGGCAAAAAAUCAAAUGAUAUUGAAUCCAUUGAAUACCAUAUUCGAUGUAAAACGUAUUAUUGGACGUAACUUUGAUGAUCAAACGUUACAAUUCGAUAUGAAAACAUGGCCAUUUGAAGUGAUUGAUGAUGGAAACAAUAAUCCGUUGAUACGAGUAGAAUAUAGAAAUGAAGUGCGUACAUUUUCACCAGAAGAACUAAGUGCUAUGAUUUUAUUAAAAAUGAAACAAGUAGCUGAAAUGUAUCUAGGUUCUGAAGUCCGAGAUGCUGUUAUAACUGUUCCAGCAUAUUUUAAUGAUUCACAACGACAAGCUACCAAAGAUGCAGCAUUGAUAGCAGAUUUGAAUGUUUUACGUUUAUUAAAUGAGCCAACUGCAGCAGCAUUGGCAUAUGGAAUUCAUGACCCUAAAAAUCAUGGAACAAUUACUUCUGGUAGUGAAAUGAACAUUCUUGUAUUUGAUUUAGGUGGUGGAACAUUUGAUGUCUCCAUUUUAACGGUUGAUAUAAGUGGAGGUCUACAAUUUACAGUUAAGUCCACUGCAGGUGAUACCCAUUUGGGUGGUGAAGAUUUCGAUAAUCGUCUAUUAAUACAUUUAGCCGACGAAUUUCAACGUAAAUAUGGUAAAGAUUUACUAUCAAAUUCUCGAGCAAUAAGACGUUUAUCCGUUGCCGUUGAAAAAACUAAACGGAUAUUAUCAUCCGUGACAGAGACGUCUAUUGAAGUGGAUGCCAUUAUGGAUGGGCUUGAUUUUUACGUGCGUAUAUCACGUGUAAAAUUUGAAGAAAUAUGCAUGGAUUUAUUCCAACGUACUAUAUCAAUACUUGAACAAGCAUUAAAUGAUGCACAAUUAACACGAAAUCAAAUUGAUGAAAUUCUAUUGGUUGGGGGCUCAACCAGGAUACCCAAAAUACAAUCAUUAUUACAAAAAUAUUUUAAUGGGAAAACAUUAAAUUAUUCAUUGAAUCCUGAUGAAUCUGUGGCUAUUGGUGCAUCAAUACAGGCUGAAAUAUUAAUGGAAGAUAAAUUUGCAAAUCGAGAAUUCGCUAAAAAUGUGCAAUUAAUUGACGUAAUACCAUUAUCCUUAGGUAUAGAAACUGCUGGGGGUGUAUUUACAAAAUUAUUGGAACGUAAUACAAAAAUACCAACGUCUAAAACACAAACUUUUACAACUUUCACCGAUAAUCAACCAGCGGUUACAAUACAAGUAUAUGAAGGAGAAGAUGAAAUGACAUUAAAUAAUCAUUUAUUGGGUACAUUUAACUUAAAUGGGAUACAACCAGCAAAAAAAGGAGUACCUUUAAUACAUGUUACAUUUUCAAUUGAUAAUAAUGGUAUAUUAAAUGUUCAUGUUCAAGAUACUAAAACAGGUAAUGAAAAAUCAGUCUUAAUUAAAAAUGAGCGCUUAACAAAUCAAGAACUUCAACUAAUGAUGGAAGAAUUUGAAAAAUUACAUGUAGAAGAAAUCGAACGUCGGCGAACAAUGAACACUAAAAAUAAAUUAGAAGAUUAUUUACUUAAUUUAAAAUUAGCAAUAUUUCAUAACCAAGAUACGACAGGACCAUCUCAUUCACAUCUCAAUGUGAAUAAAUUAACCGAUGAUGAUCGAUUAUUUAUCACCAAUGAAUGUAAUCAAGUUUUAGCAUGGUUACAGAGUGAAACAGACAAUGAUCAUAUUGCAUACAGUGUAAAAUACCGUGAGUUUAAAGGGAAAUUAAAAGAUAUUAUAUCAAAAAUAGCAAUAGACGGUACCAGUUUUAUAACGGCUAUUGAGUCAGUUACGUCUCGUGUAGAUGGUCAACAAUUCGAUUCACCUGUCGUUGAUGGAGAAGUUGUUGAUAGAAUGCGUAAUCGAACUGAAUAAUAAAAA